CUCUCCGACUGAUGAUCAGUCUAUCUUUCCUUUUGGCGUUGCUGCUCCUUCUGGACGACAGAAGUGAAGGACAAGGUAGAGAGCCGGUAACCUCUCCUUUGUCCACUGACAAACCUACUGAGUCUUUGGAUCUUGCUAAGAAAACAACCUCUCCACCUGAGGACAUAAUAAAGCCUCCAGCCAAGCAAGACCCAAUUAACGGGAGCCACAGACCAUGAACUGGGGUGUCUUCGAAGGGCUCCUGAGUGGGGUGAACAAGUACUCCACGGCCUUCGGGUGCAUCUGGCUCUCCCUGGUCUUCAUCUUCCGGGUGCUGGUCUACGUGGUGGCAGCUGAGCGAGUGUGGAGCGAUGACCACAAGGACUUCGACUGCAACACACGCCAGCCUGGCUGCUCCAAUGUUUGCUUCGACCACUUCUUCCCCGUCUCCCACAUCCGCCUCUGGGCCCUGCAGCUCAUCCUGGUCACCUGCCCCUCCCUGCUGGUGGUCAUGCAUGUGGCCUACCGAGAAGCCAGGGAGCAGAAGCACCGGGAGGUAGCGGGCGAGAACUGCCGCUGGCUCUACCCCAACCCCGGCAAGAAGCAGGGAGGGCUGUGGUGGACCUACCUGCUCAGCCUCAUCUUUAAGGCUGCCGUGGACGUGGUUUUCCUCUACAUCUUCCACCGGUUCUACAAGAACAACACCCUCCCCAGCGUGGUGAAGUGCGAGAUCCCCCCGUGCCCCAACAUCGUGGACUGCUUCAUCUCCCGGCCCACGGAGAAGAACAUCUUCACCCUCUUCAUGGUGGUCACAGCCUGCCUCUGCAUCCUGCUGAGCGUGGUGGAGGCCUGCUACCUGGUGGGGAAACGGUGCCGAGAGUCCCUGUUAUCCAGAAGCGAGAGCAGCCGGAGGGAAACUAGGCAGUUCAGGAGUGUCGUUCAUAACAAGGACUAUUCCCUCUCCUACGGCGAGCAGGACAGACUUGAGCCGGGAGAGCAUGUUUUCCACGCGGCGGAUUGCAAGCUAGUCACAGUUCCAAACAUAGCCAGCUCCCAGAUAGGAGAAGAUGUUAUCUCCUAAGCGGAGGGAAAGACCUAGGGAGGCUGUCUCCGUGCAGAACGGCCCUCGUUCGAGACCAGCCUUCCUUGUUGGCCAUGCCUUUAGACAUCACGAGCCAAGAUCAGACCUGGCCUCUACUGGCAGCUCUGCUCCCAUCACACGCCCGGGUGUUAACGAGAUUGGGUGCUCCCCCUGCAUUGCAUUGGUCUGGUGGAAAUAAGUGGACUCAGACACUUUAGAGAAGAAUGGCCUCUCUAGUCAAAGGGAAGCUUUAUAGGAACCAUGGGCUGGAGAGAAGCAGGGGGAAGGAGAAUGUUCAGAGGAUGUUGCGAAGGCCAAGACUAUAACAGGGUUCAAAAAAGAACUAGAUAAAUGAUAGGCCCAUCAAUGGCUAUUAGCCAGGAUGGGCAGGGAUGGUGUCCCUAGCCUCUGUUUGCCAGAAGCUGGCAAUGAGUGACAGGGGAUGGAUCACUUGAUGAUUACCUGCUCUGUUCAUUCCCUCUGGGGCACCUGGCAUUGGCCACUGUCAGAAGACAGGAUACUGGGCUAGAUGGACCUUUGGUCUGACCCAGGAUGGCCGUUCUGAUGUUCUUAGUGCAAAGCCUAGAGUUGUAGGAUUUAGACUUAUGAGAUUUGAUGGGUUCUUGCACCAGCCGCUACUGGAGACAGGACACUGGGAUCGAAGGACCCGUGCUCUGACCCAGCCUGGCAAUUCCUGUGGUGAGAGAUCAUGCAGGAUUGUGCCCUCCUGUGUUUUCCAGUGGCGUGCCCAGCCUAACUUUAAAGGCGUCCGUCGGAAGGUCAAGCCUUAGAGAGAGGAGUGGAAUGUAAGGAACAAGCCAGACUUCUCAGCUGGCAGUGAGAAUUUCUCAGCCAACAGAGCUAGUGUCACUGUGGAAACAGAGCCAGGCCCUUCUGUCUGUCCCUGAGUGACAUGCCAAAUGGUAGGGGGGCGUUGGAGAAACCCGGCCUGGCCGUGAAUGCUCUUGGGUGGGGCUGCCAAGUGGGUAUUUUCUCUCCAAGCCUGCUAGGGGUGAGGUCUCCAAAGUGCCUCAUUUCAUGAACAGUCCUUCAGCUUUGCUUAACCCAUCAGGACCAACUGGGAGUAGCAGAAGACACUAGAAAGAACAGGAGGCUUCCCAAUGAAAAGAAUGCAGCGUUUUCCCAUCUGCGGGAAAUGACCAAUAAUCCAUCCAGCCAGAGAUUCAAGUCAUGGAAACUAAACACUUGUUAACGUCAGUGAUGGGGAAUCCAUUCACCCUUAGGUAAUUAAAGAGUUUUGCUGAUGGGGGAGGAGGGUAAGGCGGUGGCCAAGGGGAAAGAAAAAAAUCUCCUAGAUUCACUGGUUUUCAAGGCCGUUAUGAUCAUCCUGUCUGACCGCCUGCACAACACAGGUCAGAGAAUUCCACCCAGCCAUUCCAGCAUCAAGCCCUUCACUUCCAGUUGGGCUAGAGCCCAUCUUCUAGAAAGGCAUCCAGGCUUGAUUUAAAGACUCCAUGGGGCGGAGCAUCCACCACAUCCCUUGGUAGGAAGUUGUUCCAUUGGGUAAGGUUCAAACAUCUCCUUUAGUUGACGGAGCAAGGGCAGCUGCGUGGGUGACCCUCUUCCUGUGGAGUGAUUUGUCAUCUAACAUCCCAUAGCAUCCUUCAGGGAGUAGCUAGUGAUGAUAGAGCCAAAGCAGGAAACUGCAUCCUGCUGCCCUAAAUUCUCAGAUAUCUCACUCCCCCUCUUAAAAAGAAAAUGAUUUAUUUGGCACUGGAUGGCUGCUGUGUUCCACCCCAGAGAUGGCGGCAUUUCAGGGGUGAUCCACCCCCAGAGGGUGGAAUUCUAUACUCAUUCCAUGUUCACGGAGCUAAGGCCUGGUCUACACUAGGCGUUUAUGUCGAAGUUAGCGCCGUUACAUCGAAUUAACCCUGCACCCGUCCACACCGCGAAGGUAUUUAGUUCGACAUAGAGGUCUCUUUAAUUCGACUUCUGUACUCCUCCCCGACGAGGGGAGUAGCGCUAAAUUCGACAUGGCCAUGUCGAAUUACGCUAGGUGUGGAUGGAAAUCGACGCUAAUAGCUCCGGGAGCUAUCCCACAGUGCACCACUCUGUUGACGCUCUGGACAGCAGUACGAGCUCGGAUGCUCUGAACUGCCACACAGGAAAAGCCCCGGGAAAAUUUGAAUUUGAAUUCCUUUUCCUGUCUGGCCAGUUUGAAUCUCAUUUCCUGUCUGGACAUCGUGGCGAGCUCAGCAGCACUGGCAACGAUG